CUUUAUUCUCUCUUACAUAUAACAUCCAUUCAGACACAGCCGUGUCGCCAGAGCUGUAGCCCGCAUUCAACCGGCGAGACCUCGCAUUCGCUGCAUUCUGUGCAGAAGUCCAGGCGCUUGAGCUUGUGAUAUAUACUCAAUCACAAGGAGGAUGCUGUCGACUCGCACCCGCGCGAGCGCCGCCCCCGCCUCCCGCCGCUCCCGCUCGACCGUGGUGUCGGUGCGUGCCUACGUCGCCGACGCCCCGGCCAACGUGCUGGAGGCCCGCGCCUGGAUCGCCGCCUGGAAGGCCCGCAGCGGCGCCGCCCCCGCGGCCGCCGCCGCCAAGGCCGAUGUGCCCGCCAAUGUGAUUGAGGCCCGGCAAUGGAUUGCCGCCUGGAAGGCCCGCCAGGCCCCUGCGGCUGCACCAGCUGCGCCGGCGCCAGCGGCCGCCGCCGCCAAGGCCGAUGUGCCCGCCAAUGUGAUUGAGGCCCGGCAAUGGAUUGCCGCCUGGAAGGCCGGCCAGGCCCCUGCGGCUGCACCGGCUGCGUCGGCGCCGGCUGCCGCCGCCCCCGCGCCUGCGGCGCACCAGCCUGCGCCUGCUAAGGCCGCACCCGCGCCGGUCGCCGCUGCCGCCCCCAAGCCGGUGGUGUCGGCGGACGGGACCAUCACCUUCUCCGCGCAGAUGCUUGCCUCUAUCAAAGCGGACGAGCUGCUGAAGAAGCUGCACAAGCACUAGUGGAGCGCGGGCACUACGGUUGUAGGGAGCCACAUACCCGGCAGCCCCACAAGAGCAUUUGCAGCGGCCGCGGUAUUGGCGGCGUCGGCAGCAGCGUCACCAACAACUUCAAGGGUGGAGGGCGGGGCGGUUUCAGAGCCGCGAAGCAUGAGGAGCGAGCCGUGCGCCACGUCCUUGCUGGGCAUGUCUGGUUGGGGGGUCGCCAGGCGGUUGCUUUUGGCACGACGCGGGGGCCGAGGGAGGGAGGGGAGGGGACCGGGCUGGAAGGCGUGGGCCCUGGGUGCGGCGGUGUGGGCAUGUUGGCUUGAUGCAAGUGGUGUGAUCUUGAAACCGUCUACUGAACACGUGCAGUUCGUUACGUAGGUACACGUGGUGGGGCGUAGGCGUUGAAGCAGCGGAGGCCCUGCAGAGUUGGGCGUGCAAGAGCCCAGCUGACUGGCUGAAUUGACGGUGUGUGAAAUGGGGAUGCACUGCAAGUUGAAUAAUCAUGCAGCUAUUUUUGGAUGCUGUGUUAUGUGCGCACGCCGAAUGUGCGUCUCGAAGAUUACAUGGUAUUAAUCAGCACGGUGCAUUCAGGGGUGCCACCCCUGGUGGCUUUAGGAUCCUGGUGGGCUCCUGACUAGCCUGGGCUCGUGGCGGUGGGCAGGAGCGUGUGUGCGGCUGCAUUCUCCGCGUGUCGCUCAGGCACCAAUCGCCGUCUUGGUAAGCAAGAGAUUUCUCGCCGACAGCCGUGGCGAUGUUGGGUCCAGGACGAGGCAACUCCCGCGUUUGUAACGGCAGGCCUCCCUCUUUGUAAUGUCGUUAAACGCGAAUGCUAUGCUACAGGCUCAUGCGGAAGUCGGGCAUGUCGCACCCGUGGGCCGUGGAGGGCACUGUAAUGGCAGGCCUGG